AUGGACCCCAACGCGGUGUCGUUCUCGGGAGAUGACGCAGCUCCGCGGUCGAAGCGGAGCCGGUCGUCGUCCAAGGGCCGCAGCUCGAGCAAGCGCAACGCGCGGAGCAUGCCUGGCGGGAGCCGGUCGUCGCGGAGUCGCGGCGGGCGGGGCUCGGCUGGGGGCAGCUCGUCGCGCAACGUCCGUUCCACAUCCUCGCGGAACGCCUCGCGGAACGCGUCACGGAACGCCUCCCGCUCUCGCUCUCGCUCAAGGGGUGGAGCCAGUGAUGAUGAUGAUGCCCGUGGGACCUCCUCCCGCAGACCGGCGUCCUCCUCCUCCCGCAAGGGUAGCAAGUCGCGGGCAGAGAAAAUCGCCGAAGCUGAGGCCAUUCUCCAGUCGCAGAAGACCACCGCCAACACCCUCAACGCACGCGCAAAGCUGGAGCGCCUCAAGGCCAAGAGCCAUGGUGAGCGCAGGCUCUCGCUUGAGACGCUCGACCAGCGGCUGACGCAGCUGGAACGUGGAACUGGAACGGGAGGCAGACAGGGCAAGUCGUUUGAGGACGAGGUGCUGCGGUGGCUGGACGCAGAUGCGGUGACGCGGCUGCGGAUGGUGCAGAUGCGGCGGCACGACUACUCGCGCAAGUGGUACCGGCGGACGAUUUCAGUGACAACCAUGCUGCUCGCGUUCACGCACUUGCUCUUUGUCAUCACGCAGCUUGUCAUCGAGGCGCCGCUCUCGUACUUCCAUGUCUUCAACUGGAUUGCGGUUGUGCUCUACACCAUGGGCGGGAUCACGGCGUGGACGCACAAGACGUCGUGGCAGGCGCGGCCGCAGACGCAGCACUCGCUGACACAGUGGUUCUUUGUGGGCCUUGUGCUCUUUAUCUUUGUCGCCAUCUGUGCCUGGUUUGCCCACCUGUUUGACCUCGAGUCACAGGUCGCCGAUUACUGCCGCGACCAGCCCGAGGGCGUGUGCCCCGCCGGGACAUCCGAGGGCGGCCUCCGCACCUUUGCCGUCCUCAUCCGCCUGGCCUGGAUCUUCUACUUUAUCUAUGCCAUCGGCGCCCUCGCGCGGUACACCUUCCUCUACCUCGCCACCAUCGAGCGCCACUACUACCAGAACCCGGAGCUCCGCAAGGACCUCCGCAUGUCGCUCUUUGUUGCCCUCAUGGGCCGCAACCUCUGCCUCCUCUCCAAGACUCUCAACUUUCUCUGCUGCGAGUCGUGCUCGCCCAGGACCCUCAAGGCCAAGCACGACGAUGAGGAGGGCUCGUCGUCCUACACCGCCGACCUCAUGUUCGGCGAUGACGAUCCUGAGGAGGGCAUCGCCGCUGUUCGUGUCGGCCGCCGCGACCGCGUCCUCGCCGCCCUCGAGUCGUCCUAUGACGAGGAGGAGGAGGAGGCCACCCACGUGUACAACCGCGAGCUCGUCUCCAACCACGGCUCGCCCAACCUCUACCUCUGCACCUACUGCACCUGCUUCCUCUUUGCCUACAUCGCCCUCGUCAUGUGCUACACCGGCGACUCGGGCACCAUGCUCUCCAACUUUGCCUGCAUGAUCCGCAUGGGCACCUCGGCCUGGAUGUAGACCCCCCCCUCCCCCGCCACCAACACCAAGCAAACACACACCACCCCC